AUGUAUAAUCGAGCUCCCCGCUUGCUGAGAUUGGCUGAAGGUGGCAGCACUGAGGAGCAUGUGGGUCCUGGAACCUACCGGGUACCUUUCCUGAAGGAGCAGGCAACAGGUGGCUAUGCACCAUUCCUUUCUUUGGCUGCCAGAGAAAGUACUUUUACUGUUGCCUCUAACACUGAGAAAGCUGUCCCAGGGCCAGGACACUAUAAUGUUUCGGAAGCACAGAAAAUUUCAAGGGCACCACCUACAGUUUACAGAAGUGUUGAUGUUCCUUCAAUUCCUUCUUGUGGAUGGUCAUAUGGUUAUGAUAUUAGUGAGGAUGGCAGAAUUAUAAAACAUUCUCCACCUGCUAGUGACAGUACACUAGGUCCAGCAUACUAUAAACCUCAAUUUGAUUUUUCCCAUGCAACUUUGAAAUACAAGGGGAUACAUUUUGGCAACUCUUUAGGAAGACUUGAGUUACCUAUAAAGUCAGGGCCUGGUCCUGGACAAUAUGAUAUAGUCCAGAAAAAGACACCUCAUUAUGAAAAUAUUAACAUCAAGAAAGAUAAAGAACAAAAUUAUUGCUUAAAUCUCCCGCGAUUUUAUGAAGUAAUAAUAUUGCAGGAGGAAAAAAAGAGAUUUGUACCUAUGAAAUCAAUCACUCCAGCUCCUGGCACAUAUAAUGAAUCUCGAACUGCUUUCAAUUCCUUGAAGAAAACACCAAUACUGAAAAGUACUCCAUUUGGUCAAAGUGCUGCUCGAUUCACACAGGACUUCAGGACAGAGGAAAUGCCAGGUCCUGGGUUUUAUAAUAUCCUAAACAAUACUAUAAUCGACAAUUUUAGCAAUACCUGCUUGAUGAAACAAAAGAAAAGUGCAUUUGGUUCUUCUCUUCCUCGGACUCUCUUCCUGGUUCAGAAAGAAGGUUUUACUGCUCCUGGUCCUGCUGAUUAUCAGAGAUUCUGGAACUCACAGGUUGGUGGAAUUUCUGAUGAACUACCUAACUUGACUAAGCGCUAUGCUGCUUUCCUGUCAAGAACACAAAGAUCUACUAAACUGUCAGAUAUGGAUAUUCCAGCACCUGGCAGCUAUGAUGUUCAAAAAUCAUAUGAGAUGUCCCAAGUUCAACAUAAAUACAUGCCACCUCGUAGUUUUGUGGCUAAACUGAAACAUGCCUCCUUUCUUAGCACAUCUCCUCGGUGUCUGGAGAAAAUGACUGAUGGACCAGGGCCUGCAACAUAUGACCCUGUUUUAAGGAAAUCUUGCUCCAUACCCUUAUUUGUUAAAGCAUCAAAGCGUUUUAAAGAUUCCAAAGAGAUUACUCCUGGUCCAGCAACAUAUGAGGUUUGUCAAUAA